UGUCGCUGGACAAUGACGUAGGUUAUACUCGCUGUUUACAAUUACGGCUUGUUGCUAAAAGAAGGAAAUAUAUAUUUACAGUACUUAACAAAUACUUAGCAAAGAUUUGAAACACAAAGAAGUUUAGUUUGAAAUGUCCAACAGAACAGCGUAUUUCUAUGAUCCGGACGUGGGGAAUUUUCAUUAUGGUGCUGGUCACCCUAUGAAACCCCAUCGUCUCUCACUGACACACAGCCUUGUUCUGCACUAUGGCCUUUACAAAAAGAUGCAGGUUUUCAAACCAUACAAAGCCUCGCAACAUGACAUGUGCCGAUUCCACUCAGAAGAUUACAUUGACUUUCUGCAGAAGGUCAGCCCCAACAAUAUGCAGGGCUUCACAAAGAGUCUAAACACCUUCAAUGUGGGAGACGACUGUCCUGUAUUCCCGGGCCUGUUUGAGUUUUGCUCCAGGUAUACCGGAGCCUCUCUACAGGGAGCAACACAGCUAAACCACAAGAUAUGUGAUAUUGCCAUUAACUGGGCCGGGGGUCUUCAUCAUGCUAAGAAAUUUGAGGCCUCAGGUUUUUGUUAUGUGAACGACAUUGUCAUCAGUAUAUUGGAACUUCUAAAGUACCAUCCACGUGUACUCUACAUAGACAUCGAUAUUCACCAUGGUGAUGGGGUGCAGGAAGCUUUCUACCUCACAGAUCGAGUCAUGACUGUGUCCUUCCACAAAUACGGGAACUACUUUUUCCCAGGGACAGGUGACAUGUAUGAGGUGGGGGCUGAGAGCGGCCGGUACUACUGCCUGAAUGUGCCUCUUCGGGAUGGGAUUGAUGACCAGAGCUAUAGGCAACUCUUUCAGCCAGUUAUCAAGCAAGUGGUGGACUUCUACCAGCCCACCUGCAUUGUUCUUCAGUGUGGAGCUGACUCUCUGGGCUGUGACCGACUAGGAUGCUUUAACCUCAGUAUACGAGGCCAUGGGGAAUGUGUGGAGUUUGUGAAGAGUUUCCGGAUUCCCCUGCUAGUGCUGGGAGGAGGGGGAUACACAGUACGGAACGUGGCCAGAUGCUGGACUUUUGAAACCUCCCUUUUGGUAGAUGAGCCAAUUAGCGAUGAGCUGCCGUAUAGUGAGUACUUUGAGUAUUUUGCUCCAGACUUCACGCUCCAUCCAGAUGUCAGCACCAGGAUAGAGAACCAGAACUCAAGACAGUACUUGGAGCAGAUCCGUUCGACGGUCUUUGAGAACUUGAAGAUGUUGAACCACGCACCCAGUGUCCAAAUCCACGAUGUUCCCUCGGAUAUCCUGAGCUACGAGCGCACCGACGAGGGAGACCCUGACGAGAGAGGCUCAGAGGACAACUAUUCCAGGCCAGAGGCAGCCAACGAGUUCUAUGAUGGUGACCAUGACAACGACAAGGAGAGCGAUGUGGAGAUCUGAGCGCUCCGAUGAUGUAAGACUUAAAUGGGAAACCAUUGCUCCGAAUAGUACUGUCUCUGAUUGGACCCGGCCCAUGAUGGGUUACUCAACUAUACCCAUUGCAUUGACUGCACACAGAGACUAUCCACAUUAAACUCUGUUAAAAUGAUACAUACACAGAGGAUCACCAGGAGCAGUUCCACUGCCGAGCACUUCAACCGUUACGAAAUCAGACCCAUCCUGGUUCACCAGAAAAUGGCCAGGAGGGGCCAUGCGUCGUCAUGGAUACUGUUUGUGAAAUGUCUGUGCAUUUUUCCCAUAUGAGAGGAAAGGUUAGCGUUCCACCGACAGCUGAUCUGGGACCUGUGCCAGUUUUACAUUGCCAGUUUUUAACUUCACUUUCUGGGAUCACAGAGAUCCGUCCUCUAAACGUCAAGUAAGAUUUUUUUGAUUCAAUUGUUUCACUUUUUUUUUUUAAAUAAAAGAAAUACAACGUAA